GACCAUGAUCUAAAGCAAUUUGGUCAUACUGGGCUGACUAACAACUGAUGAUGUUACAAACAUGCUUCAAUUGAUGCAAAUGCCAACCGGAAACUUUAUGUAGGAAAAAAAGUGCCGAAGGCCUAAUUGAAUAAUGACAACACUACGAACAGCAACUCAAUCAAUUGCAAGGAUAACAGCAAAUAUUGCGGUUGUAAAAACAAAAAGCCCACACAACUGGUGUACGAGCAGAACAAGAACAAGAAUAACAACCGACAAAGCUGGCAAGUUGUUGGAUUCAAUUGCAUCAUUGGGGAGUGUAACCACACCAUCACCACAAAGACCACCACCGAGGCGGAGGAUAAAACCAUUUAGCUCCAUCAAACCGGAAGACGACAAUUUCGACGACAGUGAGCAUAGACGAGGGGCCAAACCGGAAUUGCGGCACAUUGUCAUAGGGGCUUUAGAGGGAUUCUAGCUGCGCCACUCCAACCAAAAAUAGAGUCUAUGGAAAUCCUAUUAAAACAAACUAGACCAACAUUGCCACCAGCUUCAGCUACGUCGCCGCCGUCAACAUUAGCCAUCGAAGCCGAAGCCGAAGCAGCAGCAGCCACAGUAAUAGCCGCCAGCUUAGGAGCAGCACCAGCAGAGGGUCCCUUGUCGUCAUUCGAAGUGAAUCUGGCAAACUGUAGUUGCUGCAGUGAUAAUGAGGAAAUUAGUCAUUUGCCUUUUAGUUUUUGGGCUCUACGCAAUACAGACAGUGGGACACAUGAACAGUGACCCAGCGCCAGGACGUUCACCGGGACCACCUGUGGUAGCAGCAACAACAUUUAUAGCAUCAUCAUCAUCAUCAGGCGAACUAAACGAAAACGACGAAGACGCACCAGAGAAAGGGGCAGCCAAAGAUAUAAAAAACAACCCACACAGCUAUAGCAGUUUAAAUACCAACAACAACAACCACACCUACCCAGAUACGAAUGAUGAGGACAAAGAUGAUAAAGGAUAUGAAGCCAAGAGCAGGGAAAAUACUAGCGUCGAUAACGAUGAUGAGGCUGAAGUUGAUGAAGCCUACAACAACAAUACCACGGCAUUACCCACAGAGGCAUAUCCUGACAACAGCCACAAUAACGAUCAAUAUCACAGCAACAACAACUACGCUGACAACAACCAGGAUAACGAGUCGCUACACAGAAGCAGCAUAGAAGAGCUUAGAGACCCCAACACACCAAACUCAUCGUCAUCCACGUCGUCCGCAUUAGCCUCGACACCCACUUCAUCUGAAGAAGAUGCAAUUAAUUUUCAAUUAACCAAAACUCAGCCAGAGCAGCAGCAGAAGGAGGUCCUGACAAAUCAUCAUCACCUGCACCAUGAAGCCAAAACAGAUACAACUCACUCCGAGCUCCCAGAGAAUUGGGAAGAGCAGGAGAGGGAGAACAAACAGCACCAGAUGACAACGACACAUGCUAGCCCAGAAGCAGCACCAGCAACAUCCGCCAACGAAGAUGGCGAACAGAUGCAGCCAGAACAUGGCGAAGCCAUAAAUGUCAUGUCAUCGUCAUAUAGCCUCAACCAGGAGCUGGGCAGAGAGGAGCAUAAGGAGAAGAUGGAACAUAAUGGCGAUUUAACCUCGUCAGCAACAAUAAGCACCACUUCUUGUCGCUCAGAACUGGAUGACUUCCUCAAUGAGGCUAGUGCUGUGAUUGAUGCCGUCGAUUUGAGUGACAUUGACACAAAGGCAAAUCAGGCCAACAGCACCACCUCCAGCAGCAGCGGAACAAGUCUCACUCCGCCGUAUGGCAUGCAAAUUGAACUGAGUUUGCAACACGACACUUUCGAUACCUCCAGCGAAUUUGGCAUCAAUUGUGGCCUACUCUACAAAGUUCAUCUUACAAUGACUCCAGUGCUGAUGGGGAGAACAACAACAGCCCAGCCUGAGGCCCACACACCAUCCUCAUCAUCCUCCAACGGUGGUGCAUCCUCCGCGAAACAAAACCAGCAAACGACAAAGCCGGAACUACUAAAUCCGGCAAUGCAUUACACGGGGGAUUUCUUUGUGGAGACAGUGUCGCUGUUGAAUGCCCAAGACCGAGGUAGUUUUGUAAGUGAAUCCUCUGGCAACAAGUUGCCAAUUUCAUGGUUCACCAGCACAACACAGCAAAAUGGCAAACGGCAGCUGAAGAAUCCCAUUGCCGAAGCUAGAACUGCCAAUGGUGGCAGGGAAAGAAUGCCUGGUCAUGCAGAAACUGAAAAUGCAUUUGGCAGAAACGAGUAUGGCUCAUCGUUGUCACUAUCUGCGGAGGAAAUGGGUUCGCCGAGUGCUUCGAGAGUCACAACAUUAGACGAUGAUGUGGAGUACAUUGGCCAUGUACCCACCAAUAUCUUCUUUAAGGAUUUUGCCAAAGUAAGAAAUGCCGCCUCCAAAUUGAAGAGGGAACAGCAGCUCAACAGCAAUGCUAACAACUAUCAAAGCAAUAAUAGUAAUAACAACAACAACAACAACAUGGCCAACACCAAUAGCUUGUGGCUUAACGAUAAUAGCUUGUCAUCCUCUGUUUCCUUGUCAUCGCCCUCAUCAUCGCUAAGCUAUAAGAGAUCCCUAUUAUCGGUUGUAUCUGGUGCAUCGCCUAAUGAUGUCCUCACAGCCACCGGCACUGCUUCCAACCAACAACCACCCAUAUCCUCUCCACCAUUAUUCAAGUCAGCGAAGCAACGACGUGCCACAACUGCAUCGCAUGAGAAUAUCGACUCCUGUCCCGAUAACAAAUGGCACGACACGGUGCAGAGUCACACUAAUGCUGCAGGCGGCAUUAGCAGUGAGACCAGUGGCAUGUGGUGGGUUAACGAGCUAUGCGAGCAGGACGAUAUCAUUGAAUUUAGAGUAUUUUUUCGUGUGAAUAUGAGAGAGAUUGGCGAAGCCAUGAGUAAUAGAAGCAAUCGAAAUCGUGAUAAUGCCAGUGGCCACAAUGGUCACCAUGACAAUGAAGCUGCUGCCACCGCCGACGAAGCACAAAUAGUGGUUUAUAAGAAAACUUUUCAAUUUCAUAUACGCAAAGACUGCCAUCUAAUGUUACGUGAAUCUUCUAUGGGUACAUUGGACUAUACCGUAUUGCCUUUAUACUGCAUAGAUUGUACAGUUCAUUUUCCUAAAUUUAAGCAACUCAACAACGCUAUGGAUGAGAGAAAUCCGCCACCGGGUAUGCUGGUGGAAUUGCAGCGCCUCAAUGUGCCCUGUGCCAGCGGCGGCUUUGUACGCUUCAAUCGCCACAAGCUGCUGUGCGGCAAACUGGAGGAGCUGGACAGCAGUGAUCGCAUCUAUCACUUCAAUGUUAGGGACGACACAUCCGUACAGUUCUAUAGGAAUCCCAUGUUUAGUUUAAGUUUUAAAUUAGUCGACUAUUGUUACAAUGUCAGCACCAGCAAUCAGACGGGCGAAUUUUACAUACGGCCCAGUAUGAAGGACACCCUGGAGUGUUACUUUCGCAUCCAUCUGCCCUAUGGCAAUCGGGUGCUGCUGCGCAUGGUAACAAAUAACGAAAGUGAUAUUUUACCCAUGCCUAGGCUGGUGAAUGAGGAUGCUGCCGUCGGAGGUGCUGCCCCCAAUGCCGACGACGAGGUGAUCGGCGAUGAGCUGUAUACGAUAUUUUCCCGCGAUGGUGCAACAGUUGCAGCGCAAAUUAUCAACCUGACGCUGCAUAGUGGGGGCCAGAAUUUUGGAGCCUAUUCUCCUGUGAUGCCACUAUUUAAGACUCCGCCCGAGGUGAAUUACACCAACAGCAGAAACCCCUCGGCUCAUGCCGACAUGAAGCAGAAAACAUUUGGCAGUUUAGGCCUGGACUCCUACGGUUUUCUGGCGGUGAGCAAAGCCAAUUUGCAGAUGGCCUUUGCCGGCACUGCCAAUUGUAUGGGUGUGGUGAUAAAGGUCUUUGAAGACGACAACUCCUCCAAGUGGUCGCAUUGUGUCAAUGAUACCCGCUAUCUGCGCGGCUUCAUCUUGGAGUCCUCCAGCAAUACCCUAAGCAUACAUCUUUUUCGUUCACCCAGCAUGAGAAAGAGCGGUCCAGCCUACAAAGGGGCGGGGCGUGGUGACGCUGGCAAAUUGAAUAUACCCGCCAUAUAUCUAUCAUAUCAGGCCCGACCCCUGAAGAACAUUGUCUCUAAUUGUGCCUUUGGCUGGAUUGCCAUGCAGCAGUUUUGUAUAGCCACCAUUGAACUGACCAUGUCCUGGCAUGAGGGCGAAAAACACUGCUCCAAGCUGGGAGGCCAUUUGGUCUCCAUACGCAACGAACAACAGCAGCAAACCAUUAACGAACUAUUAAUCAAAAGUCCGGGCUAUAAGGAUGAGAAUGCCUAUUGGGUGGGUGGUUCGGACAAAAGCUAUGAGGGUGACUUUCGCUGGAGCGAUGGCCUUCUCUUUCAAUACACCAAUUGGUUCCCCGGUUGGUCACAACACGGCCACUACAAUAAGCAGCCCAAUGACGAUGGUCUAAGCAGUCAGGAUUGCAUUGAACUGCGUCGUUAUUUUCGCACACCACCCGGAAUUCAAAGCAGCCGCAGUCCAGUGACUAAUCGAUACAUGUGGAAUGACCGCGACUGCAGUGCCAACAAUUAUCUGAUAUGUGAGCGUGCCAUGGAUGAUGAAUCCAUGAGACGUACUUGGUUAAAUGAUUGCAAUAAAACGGUAUCGUUGAGUAAAGAACAUCCACGAGCUUCCAUAUGGAGUCCUUCAUUUCCACGACAAUAUCCGGACAAUGCUAAUUGUUAUACAACAGUGACAGCACCAGCUGGAUAUCGCAUUGUGGUUGAAUUCGAAGAACUUGUUAUAGAAAAUGAACCAGGUUGCACCUAUGACUAUUUGGAGAUAACCGAACCAAAACUCUCCGAAUCACUACGUACCCCAACGAAAACUUCUUCCAAUCGCCAUCGUUAUGCCCACAACAUGGACCGAAGUCCAAAUCUUCGAACUUAUCGCAAACGCAGCAGUCCCUACAACAACAGUCCAACCUCUUUCUCUUCCAAUCCACAAAACCAACAGCAGCCGGGAACAACAGAUGGCACCGCUGAUCAUAGUUAUGCUCCCAUGAACACUGACUAUAAUGGCUAUGAUUUGUCGCAGACAAACUAUCAAAAGCUGUUGCAAAUCUAUUCAAGUCUAUAUGGUCCUCGAGACGAUUUUGUGAUACAAACACCCGAUUAUCCACAUGGUAAUCCAUACUAUCAACAUCCCCACCAGCAACAACAACUACCACGGCAACACCAUCAUCAUUCGCCUUUGAAAUCCACCACUUCAGUAAACGACAUACCAUAUCAGCAGAAAACAAUGCCAGAAAUAGUACCGAAACGUUUGUGCGGCGAUUGGAGUACAAAGCUAAAGCUGCUGCGUUAUGUGUCCAAGGGCUCUUAUUUGGGCCUACAUUUCGUUUCGGAUUAUUCCCAUCAUUUCGGAGGCUACAAGGCCAAGACCUAUAUGGAAAAUAGAAGUCAUUUGUUGCGUGCUGCUUCUGAAUGUUCCAAUGAACGCUUGAAACCAUACAAUGGGUCAUGCUAUUUGUUUGUUUCCUAUCCGGAAGUAGAUUGGAAUACCGCACAGCAGGUGUGCCGGGGCAUGGGCGCCAGCUUGACAUCGGUGUCAUCGGCAGACGAGCACAGAUUUAUAACAUCCAAUAUCCGCAAUCAAAUUGACUAUUCACCACAACUGAUUUAUUGGUUGGGUGCUGAGUUGGAGAAAAAUCUUCAGUUCGAAUGGACGGAUGGUUCAAAAAUGAUCUUCCAGGGCUGGUUACCUGGCCAGGGUCAAUUUGAAACAUUUCCUGCGGAUGCCAUAUGCAUGGGAUUGCAAUGGAAGAUGUCACCCACACCCAUGUUGCCAUCAGGCUUGUAUUGGCAAUCACAAAAGUGCAGUAAGGUGGGUGGCUAUGUGUGCAAGAAACCAAAGGAAUCGUUUGGUAGUUUUGCUUUUAGUAACUUUACUGUGACCGGCACAGAAGGACGUCUCGUUUCUCCAGCAUAUCCCAAUACGUAUCCUCUGAACAUAAACUACUGGAUACACAUCAAGGCUCCGGAGCGUAUGAGGAUUAUUGUGCAGUUUCAGAAAAUUGACUUGGAGCCACAAGAUGAAUGCCUUUAUGACUUCAUCAGCAUACAGGAUUAUGAUAGUGUGUCGAAGAUAACUCUGGAGCCUGGAGCGAAUGUUGUGCCAAUGGCCAUGCUAAUGUCAGCCGAGCAACUCACCGCAUAUGAAGGUGAUAAUGAGGAUGCUGAAGAUGGUAAUGGUGGUGGUGUUGGUGUUGGUGGCGACAGUGACAUUAUUUCCUCCAAUGUGGAUGCCAUUAUGGCAGCCGAGGCACUUGAGCAAACCAAUGUUGCUGACAAUGGCAACAAUGAAGCCGAUGAUGACUAUGAAAACGAUAAUGAAACCACUCUGCGAGGUAGUGGCACGAAUGAUAAUAGAAAUAAAUUGUCAGAAUAUCCAGAGCAACGCUUUAAACGAAGAUUACGACGCAGCAUUGACAAAGCGACGCUCCACAAAGGAAACACUGCCAAACUGCAAGCACACACAUUGCACCACCCGCUCAAGCAUCGCAGGAGACGCAACAAGGAAAUUAAUUUUCAUCAUGCAUGGAUGAAACACAAAAGCGUGGAGCAGUUAAACCCCGUAAGGCUGUCACAAAACGACCACACCAGGGGGGUAAACAAAAAAUUCGACAACAGGAAAAAACACCACAAAACAGCACAUAGGCAGAAAAACAAAACUUUGGGGGAGCAUCAACAUAACCGGGUGUUGGCCAAACGCCAUAAACGGAAGUCAGACCAUGAGCAUGGGGCUAAUGGUAGACGCCAUCGCCGCAGCACCAUUGUGGGUGAGAAUACAAUACCACCGCCUGAGAAUGCCCAAACCUUUUUGCCCUAUGUACGCUGGUGUGGCACCCACGAGUCCAACAUGUCCAAAUUCGAUUUUGUCUCCAGCAGCAAUGAGGUCAUGUUGAAUUUUCACAGCGAUUAUUCCAUGACCAGCCUGGGAUUUGCGGCCAUCUGGAAGGCCAUUGAUGUCUCGGGUUGCCCUCUGCGCACUCUGACCUCACGCGAGGGCACCAUAGCCAGUCCGAAUUAUCCACAUUUUUUGCUCAACAAUUUGAAUUGUGCCUUUGUGAUACAGGCACCGGUGGGCAAACGAGUGUGGCUGGAAAUAAUCGAGUAUGACUUUCUGCAGGAUGCCAUGCUUGAAGUCGAUUUGGGCAAUGGAGCAUUUCGACCUUUUGAGAUACCCGAACAUGUCAACGAUGGCAUGUUUGUCAGCUUAAAGGAACAAUUGCGUGUGCAAUUUCGUACGGGUCAACAUCCCAGGGGCAAAGGUUUUCAGGCGAUUUUUCACACAGUUGGACAAAUGGAAAAGCGUGAACGCAUUAUCAAACUGACCUCCAAUGAUACCGGACAUCUGUACCAGUUAAACUUUCCGCACGAUAUGCCGGAAAACGUUGACUUUACGCAGCACUUGGUGGCCCCUUUUGGUCAUAAUAUCCUUUUGGAAUUGCAUGAUGUGGAAUUCUCUGAGAAUGGAUGUCCGGACAACAACAUUAUAGAGGUAUAUGAUAAUUAUGCCGACAAUAAUGGAACCAAGUGGCAACUAUGCAAAUUUCAAUAUGCUAAUGUCCACACGGGCAGUCCACUCGACGACAGCUACUUCACAACCAACUACCACAUGCAACAGCCUGAAUUGUUUCACGCCAGCACUGGCCCAGGGGAGUUUCAGCUGAACAAUGACGUUGUCAUUGGCAGCCAUCUGGCCGAUGGCCACAUGGAUACAACAUCGGCAUGGGCUUCAACAACAACGAUUGCCGAGUUUCUAUUGCGCCAACAGCAGCAGCAGCAGCAGCAACAGCUCUAUGUGACCCGACCCACAGAUCCACCACCUGUGUACAUAACCUCCUAUCUGAACACGUUGUAUAUACGUCAACGUACCACUGCCAAAUCCAUAGCCAACCUUAACUGUACAGUGCGCUUGCAAUGGGAUAAUAAUUACAAAAUUAAAUUAGUAUCUGGAGACAAAAGUGUCGAAUCAUGUCAACCGAAUCCUUGUCAAUACAAUGGCAAAUGUAUUGCAAACAACGGAAGCAGUUACUGCCAAUGCCUGGGGCACUACACGGGAAGAUUUUGUGGUCUCAACAUGUGCGAACUGGAUCCUUGUGUAUUUGGCAGAUGUGAGCUGACAACCACUAAUUUCAAGUGUCAUUGUCAACCGGGUUAUAUGGGCACUACAUGCGAACAGAAACAGAAACCCUGCUCCGAAAAUCCCUGUGAAGGACGUGGCAUUUGCAUUGAGAAGAAUGGCGGUUUCUUUUGUCGCUGCUAUGCCUGGUGGGAGGGUCAUCGCUGUGAGAAACGCAUGCUGCACAUUCCCUAUAAGCCAUUGUCGGAGCGUAUGCUGCAGGAGCCCUUCUGGCUGGGCCUUAUUACAGUUUUUGUGGUUCUGGCUGUUAUUGGUUUGGUAUGGUGUGCGAAAAGACAUUUUCCGGAGAAAAUUGAGAAAUUAUUGGCCGAGGAAGCUGAUCGUAAUAGGCCACCUGGUUCAGUACAUGGACAUCAUCAUCACACAUCACUGCGCGAGCAAUUACAAUUUACAACUGCCAUACCACAAUCGACUGUUAAUAACGCACCGGGCGCACCGCGUUCCAUCUUCAACAGAUUGGGUAUAAGAAAACCAUCGUUAUUGAGCCUCAGCAGCCCCAAUCCAGUACCUGGAGGGGGAGGGGCAGCAGCGCGUACAUUUUCACUUGACGAUCUGUUACGACCGCCUCCCCGACGUUCACCGUCACCUCGCAAGAAGCGCAACAAUUCUACACCAGUCAAGAAAAAUGCUGCCGAAAAGAAACAGAUACUGCAACAGUUGGUUUCACCUGCUGCCCAGGCUGCCAAACCCAAAGUAAGUUUGGGCGAAUUGAUAUCAUUAUCGGAGAAUCGUUUGCUGGCCAGCACCAUUGAUUCGGAGAGUGAUCAAAAGGAGACAACCUUCUCGGAAAACACAGGCUCUUUGACAUCCGCAACAGUGGAACGCGCCAUUAAUGAUCCCAAGCUGGAGAAGAAGGUUACCUUUGCCCGGCUGCUUAAUAAAGUUUCUGCUGAAAUGAGUUCAGGAUCAGAGGCCACUCGUAAUUCUAGUGCUCUUAGCCUGCCAACAGAUAUACAGUUGAGAGCUAGUUCCAUGCCACCAUCACCCUGCACCAAUGACAUACGCUCACCACACAGCACUCCAUCCAAUCAUGGCAGUGAUUCAUUCUCCAGUUCCGACUUGGCCCUAACCGAUUUCGGUUUGCGCUCCAUACAAACCAGCGGCAGCGAAAUGGGCAGCACAAACAACCAUCAGCUGAGUGGCCUGCCCAUGGGUAUGCCGCCACGCUGCCGCAUUGGCUCGCCGGCCAGGCCCAAAGUCUCCAGUGCCGAUUCCAUAUUGGCUAUGUUCCGUAACUUUGCUGCGGCCAACACCUCCAAUGUAACCACAGGCACCAUGCCCUCGUCGGCUUCGGUAUUUGUUUCACCCUCUACAACGCCCACCGUCUCCAGUCCGCAGGAUGAUGCGCCGGGCGAUGACGAAUCUUCCACAUCAUCCAUGCACACCCCGGUCAGCUACUCAAGUGGUCCACCCGAUUCGCCGGUCUUCUAUCGCCAGACAACUAUCGAAGUGCCUGUUCUAGAUGUCCUCAAUGCGCACAAGAGUACAUCGUCGUCAUCAUCGACAUCGUCAACAUCGAAUAAUCUGUUGCACCCACCGACAAUAUUGCUUGAGAUUCCAAGCAGUGGCAUCAACAACAAGUGCCUCUCGCCCAUACGCGAAAUGCCCACGCCCAUACCAUCGCCAGCGUUGACGCCCAUUAUGCAGCGAGGGCAUCGCUCGAGCAGUCCCAUCUUCCAAGAGGAUCCUCUGUCAGGUGGAGAUUUUACGGACGAUGAUGACAAGAGUGAUGGCAGUGAUACACAUUUAUCGGAAAAAAAACUUUUGAUCGGCCUGCAAAAGGAGAAAUCAUCAAGACUCAUUGAUUCGGAUGUGGAGACAGCACCAACCGAUACCACCACCACUUCAAUGGCCGAGCUCAAUAAGCCCACGACCACUGCCACAGGUCUUGGGCUGUAUCACAAGUUACCAAUGCUUAGCAUUACACCGGUCACAGCUGUAACCGCUGCACCCAUGCAGCAGAUGCCAGUACCGGCCAUUACCAUAGAUGUUGAACCGCCAACACCGGAGGAGAAACUAGCCCGCCCUCGUGAUCUCAUCAUACCCACAUUGACGGUGGAACAACCCAGUCCGACCAAAAAUCGCCAUCCCAUGAUUAUAUUUCCCGGAUCACCGCCACCGCAACGAGCCAGCAUAGGUGAAACCAGUUUUAUGUUUCCAAAUAAGCAACAACAAAAAAGGCUCUUAAAACAGUUUGAGAAACCCACAUCUUUGGAUUUUCCCUUUGUGCCGCCCAUGAUAACGGUCACAUCGAAUAUGAGCGAACUUGAGUCGGACACAGAGCCCUUGUCGCCGGCACCCAAGACCUUGCAUGGGGGUGCAGGCGGUCUGAUGCCGCCAAAUCCGGUGGGCAUGUGCUACCUAAGUCCGUUUACGAUGUGCACUCGUGCGGAUCGCACCAUAUCGGAGAGCAAUUUGAGCUCAUCGGGUUACUCGAGCAUGGCCAGUCCGGGGCCCAGCCGUUGCGGCUCCAGUAAUCCCCUCUAUCCCAAUGAGAUGGAUGAGCCAGGAAGUGGCCACACAGGACCGGGGCUAUCGUUGCAUGUGAAUCUCAUGAAUCGACGCAAGAGUUCAGUGCUGCCCAGCUGCAAGGAGAACAUCAGCAAUGGUAAGUGUACGGGAGCAGCCGGAGGCGCCAAGACGGAUCGCCUGCAUUGCCAUCGCCCCAGAUCGGAUUCGGAGACCUUCUCCGAUGACAUACUCAUAGAGUCCAACGAUGAGGGUAUCGGCACGGAUCAUGUAGAUGAAAAAUUGGAUGAGACUCGUUUGAGCAGCCGACGUUUCGACAUGUUCCUCGAUGACGAAGUAUUGAUUGAGGUCGAGGAGCCUCCUCCCUGUACACUGUCCUCGUCGACAUCGACAUACGCAUCCAGUUGUGCGCCGCAAAUGGCCCAACUACAACUGCCUUCAAUUGUGAUACAAAUCGAUGGGUGUGGUGAUAAGACUCUCUCACCCGUCUCCUCGCGCUCCGAAAGUCCGCUGAGCGAACGGGCGGGCAUUGGUCGAUUCUCGCCCCAUUUCUAUGGGCGCAAGGAUCAGUUACCAUUUACCGACUCCGAUGGCUUGUACGAUUUCCCCUCCUCCGAUGGCAAGGGCACCUCGGCCCAGUCGUUUUCUCACCAACGCCGCAGCAGUAGCAAGAAACGAGAGCGCAAACUAUCCAAAUGUUCUGCCACACAGUCACCAACGAAACAGCUGGACAUACCAUCGAAGGAGUCGUUGAACACCUCGUCGACACCCAGCAGUAUAGGUCAUGUCUGCAACAAGCAUUGCCAUUCACAUCACCAUCCAUGCCCUGCCGUGACGGUGACCACUCGCAAGAGUCCCAAAAGACGUCUGCAUAAUCGUCAUGCGGUCGCGAGCAGUUCAUCGUCAUCGGAAAGUUUGAAUUCAACCAAAGAGCUUACAGUGAGACCAUUGCCAAGACGUCUUAAUUCACCGAAUCGUGAGAAGAGGCCCAGGAAACAGGAAAGCGUGAGCGAAGACGAGGUGGCCGAUUCGAUCCUAAGGCGCAUCUCCCCCAGCAUUGUAAAAAAGGAAGAACCCCCCAAACCCAAGUGUAAAAUAAAUCGUCUAAGAGCAAUUGGAAUACAAAUAAGAUUCUUGAGACGUUUAGAGAAAUCCGUAAAAACCCGCGAACGUAUUGCUUCUCCUUCGGAUAGCUGCCCCGAAGAGAAUACCGAUGACAUGGACUCACCACAGGCCUCCUCGCCACUGUUGCAGCCAACAUCGCCCAGCAAAACGCGUCUGGCAUUGUGUCGACAGAAACGUCUGCCCAGUGGGACAUAUGGCAUAACGGCAGCCGAAAUGAAUUCCAGCAAUUGGAAGGGCAUGGAUCGUAGUCUGAUUGGAGAUGAUGUAAUAAGUGAUUAAACAAAAGCGAUAACCAAAUGUAGUAAAGCAAAUAUAGGAUAGGCUAGACUAGACUAGAUUUAAAGAGUAAGCUGCUGUAAGUAAGCAAGAGAAGAAGUUCUUCACAUAUAGUGUAAAAUUGUAAAUAAAUAUAACAAAAAUAGUUAGUUCUUAAGUUUCUCAACGAUUGUGGAUAAAUUCCCUUAGCAUACCAAACUUUUAGAAUAAUAUUCUCAAAACACAUACACUAACAUAUACACCCACACAUGCAUACAUAUAAAUGUACGUAAAUUUCGAUACAGCGACACCUUAAUCUACUACGAAAAGGAAUUGAUUUUGUCCUUCAUAUUUUUUUAACUCGCCUUUAAAUAACCAAAAAUCUAAAAUCUGAAAAUUGAAAACUGAAAACCA